CAUAGUUCAAGGCCAGCCUGAACCAUAUAAGACCCUGUCUCAAAAAACACCACCACCACCCCCAAAAGUGGGAACAGUACAGCUUUGGUUACCUACUUUCAUACCCCAGAAAAUAAGAUGAAAGAAGAUACUUGUGUAGUGGUUAAACAUAAACCAUAAGCUCUGAAGGCAGAGUAUCUGGCUGACUCCCAUAGCUGGGCGUUUUCUUAGCUAUUAAACCAGGGCAAUAAUCGUAUUUACUGCAUAGGGUGAUUGUGAGGAUUAAUUAGCUAAUAUAUAUUAAGUGCUUCAAACACUGCUUGAUUGAAGGUUGUCACUCUUAAAAGUUUCCCACUUGUAUGGUUUUGGUGCUUGAAGUGUGUCAUGGGGCCUUAAUCUCUUGGCUAGUUGUGAUUAUUCUGUGGAAAUACUUUAGCAGCAUAACUACUAAAUAAGUUAUACACUAUCAAUUUAGUGAAUUGAUAUUUGGGAUAUAUGAAGUCAGGUAGGUCAUUUCUCAAGCAUUUGUUGGUCUAAUCAAGUGUGGAAAAAUAAAAUCCAAUAAAAAAUCAGCUUUUAUAUGGGAGAAAGGAAAGUAUUAAAGGCUCAGGGCUUGGUUUGUGUUUUUCCCAUCUUCGGUGAGAAAUUUUCAGAAGAAUUAAACUUUGUAUCAGAAAAAUUCGUGAUAUUGUUAUGAAAUUAGCAAGUAGCUAUAGACUGAAGGAUCACUAAUGAAUACCUCAGUGAAGAUUUUUGCACGGAUACAUCAUUGUGUUCUGCGUGUGAAGAUGGAUUAGAGAAGAGAAAAUGAGUUUGAGAAGCAGCCAUAACUCUCCAUGUCUAAGGUAGUACAAUGAACAGGUGAACCCAGAAUUGUCAUCAAUUUGGAGCAUAUAAAGAUAAUUGUACCAACUGAAAACCUAGAAGCCCUUGAGAUUUGUGACUUGCAGAAGCUAAGGAUGCUCCCGUUCUGUAGUUGCUGGAAGAUUGGACUGCUGCUACUGCUACUCCUGGCCAUGGCAGUGAAAGAAUCCCUGCAGGCUGAAGAAAAAACUUGUGACUUGGUAGGAGAGAAGGGUAAAGAAUCAAAGAGUGAGUUGGCUCUGCUGACGAGGCUGAAACCACUUUUUAACAAAAGCUUUGAUAGCAUUGUGGGCCAGGGCUCUGAAACAUACAUGUACGUAUUCCGGGUGUGCCGGGAAGCCAGCAACCACAGCUCUGGAGCAGGCCUGGUGCAGAUCAACAAGAGCAGUGGGAAAGAGACAGUGGUGGGGAGGCUCAAUGAGACUCACAUCUUCAAUGGAAGUAAUUGGAUCAUGCUGAUCUAUAAAGGCGGUGAUGAAUAUGACAACCAUUGUGGGAAGGAGCAGCGCCGUGCAGUAGUGAUGAUCUCCUGCAAUCGACGCACCCUAGCGGACAACUUUAACCCUGUGUCUGAGGAGCGAGGCAAAGUCCAAGAUUGUUUUUACCUCUUUGAAAUGGAUAGUAGUUUAGCCUGUUCCCCAGAGGUCUCCCACCUCAGUGUCGGCUCUAUCUUACUUGUCACAUUUGCAUCACUGGUUGCCGUCUACAUCAUCGGGGGUUUCUUAUAUCAACGACUAGUGGUGGGAGCCAAGGGAAUGGAGCAGUUUCCCCACUUAGCCUUCUGGCAGGACUUUGGCAACCUAGUAGCAGAUGGUUGUGACUUUGUGUGCCGUUCUAAGCCCCGCAAUGUGCCUGCUGCGUACCGAGGUGUGGGAGAUGAUCAGCUGGGGGAGGAGUCAGAAGAAAGGGAUGAUCAUUUAUUACCAAUGUGAUUGUACUUUGAAUGCCCAGCCUUUUGUCCCCCAGACCAAAGCAUACUCAGCCAGGUUUCUCACGGUUUCCUCCCCUUAUUUCAUCUUGUCUUAAUAGCACCAUGCUUUCUAGUUUGCUUUUCAUUUGCAUCCUCUUCUCACUAUCUCCCUUCCCUGUGCUGUUGUCUUCUACAGAGGUGCAGUUAGACAAAGAUAACAGAGCCUGUGAAAAUAGGCUACUGUGCUAUCUGGCUGUCAGAAGG